UCUUUUUUGAUUAAUAAAUCGAUAAACAGUGAAGGAAUGAGCCAAAGAGUGGGAGGCGCUGUUUCUUCAACCUCUCUUACAGUUAACUUUUUUUCUCGAUAAUCAUCAUCGCCCGAAAACUCAGAUUGUUCCCGGAAUCUUAUAUCCUCCCCCCAAUAUUCUCCGAUUGAUUAAAGAAACUGCAAAGACGAGAGAAGAGCUGAAGAUUGAAAGUCAAAAAGCCGGAGAUUAUGGAGCUCUAAUCUCCAUUUAUUUUUCUUAUGAGAUGAGGAUUGUUUGUCUCUCUUUUUCUCUGGUGAUGUGUUCUUGCAUUCGGUGGAUGUAGGUUAUGUUUUGAUGAUAGAGACGUUUUUUUGACUUACAAUGAGUACACCAAGAAACGGCUUUUCCAAGCAUCAGCAGCGAGCUGAGAAAGUUUGUGGUCAAGGAGGGCCCAAUUGGAUCCUCAUCGCAGGUGGAGCCUUGUUGAGCACUCUGUCCAUUCGUUUUGGCUACAAGCUUAAGCAGUCGCCUCAUUUCAAACCUCCUCAUCAGUCUAAUGCCUCUCCUGGAUUUAAAGCCAAUGGAACAUCUGAGAGGCGAAGAUGUUGUUGUUUGCACUCCUCCACCACGUCUUCCUGUGCAAAGAAUAAUGAUUAUUCCUGCUUCCGCUCCAUUCCAGGAACUGAGAAUGUGGAGGGAAAAGAGGAGACAAACGAGCAAAUGGAAUCUGUAUCUGACACUUCACUGCCUCUUGUGACGGUUCCUGCUCCAUCAUACAGCAAAGAGAAUGGAGUCAUGUGGACUUCUUCUCCUGAUCGCCUGGAACUUCCCCCUAGACCAUACAAUCACCACUCAACCUGCUCGGAUUCUCCUUGCGUAUCUGAAACCAGCUCAGACAUCUUCAGCAAACGAGAAGUAAUACAGAAGCUAAGGCAACAGCUGAAGAGGCGUGACGACAUGAUCCUGGAAAUGCAGGAACAGAUUCUAGAGCUGCAGAACUCGUAUAACGCGCAGAUGUCACAUUCAAGCCACCUCCAGGCUCAGCUAGACUCGAUGAACAGAGAUCUGUUCGAAUCAGAAAGAGAAGUUGAGAGACUGAGAAAAGCAAUCGCUGAUCACAGCGUGAGCAAUGGCAAGACAUCUCCUGUUGCACCUUGGAACGGGUUUAUGGACAGCGAGAACAAUUACGAGUCAGCGGAGAAGGGAUCAAGGGAGGGAGAAAGAAUAGAGAGGUUGAGAAAGGAAGUGAGUGAGCUUAAAGAAGUGAUAGACGGGAAAGAGUAUCUGCUUAGGAGCUAUAAAGAGCAGAAGAUUGAGCUUCAACAGAAGGUGAAAGAGUUGCAGCAGAGAUUGAACUCGCAGCUCCCAAACAUAUUGUAGGUUUAAGAGUUAGAGCAUUGUGCAUAUACUUGCUUCUCUUCUUCUUCUUUUUGGUUUUAGUAUUUCCGCUUUCUUCGAGAAAAUGAAUCAGUGUCCUAAGAGGUCUUUUGGAGUAGCUCACUCUAAGAGAGAAUUUUUUUUUUUUUUUUCUGGCUUCAGCUUUGGUUUUGUUUAUUUUUGUGACCUUGUUAUCUCUGUUUUGAUGUUUGAUGUAAAGAAAAGAUAGUUUGUUGAAGAUAUUUGCGGCGGGAAUGAAUGAAUACUUUGCUGCUUA